GCUGGAAGCCACGACGCAGAUGCAUCAUGCGACAGGUGCAUCGCGCUCGCAGAGACGUGCAUCCCGUGUGACAACACGCGAUUCAAACACCAUUCGAAUGAGUUUUCCGCUUCUGAACACCAGCAGUGGGUCAAGUACCCCAGUCGAGUGCGCUUCGUCGACGAGACUGGAGACCUGGAGGCCAUCUACAACCCCAACGACAACUCCCCCGCGCUGGGUUUCGCCUUUGAUUCCCCCACGGGGGUGUCCCACAGCACUGUCCCGACUCCACAGCCAACAGAACCCACAGAGCCAGCGGGACAUCGCCAUGCCGUCACUCAUCGGGGGAGGAGAGACAUGGCCCGGAGCAACUCCCCGUUUAUGGAAGAGCGGGCCUUGUCGGCUCUCCCUCUUGGGUCUCGACUCGGGCUCUACAGCGAGGCUGAUCCGUAUGAGGGCUCCUGCUUCCCCCUUCAGAGCAUGCAGGAGGCUAGGUUGAUGAAGUACUACCUCGAGUACAUGUGCACUUGGUUUGAUCUUUGCGAUGCCUCGCGACGCUUUGCACUCGAGGUGCCCAGGCGUGCAAUGUCAUGCCCUACGCUGCUCAAUGCCAUCUUUGCACUCUCCAGUCGACACUUGAGCAUCAUGCACGAGCAGUUUGACGAGUACGCCUCGACCCGCUACCACCAAAACUGUCUUCACCAGUUGUCCAGCAUCUCCAGCGACUCUUCCGCCCUGAACAACGACGACCUGCUCGCGGCCACCAUCCUCCUGCGAACCCUGGAAGAACUGGAUGUUCCGCUGCUGGGCACCGACCACGAGGGCCACUUGCUUGGCAUCCAAGUAUUCAUGAACGCGCAAGACUCAACGGCCGUGGCCACCGGAAUGAGAAAGGCAGCGUUCUGGAUCGGUCUACGCCAGGAGGUGACGAUGGCAUUUGCCAGCCAGCGCUCCAUCAAGAUCUCGCUCAGCCACAACUUCAUCGACCAGUCCUUUACCGAGGCCAGCGACGAUGUGUGGGCGAACCGCAUCAUCGUGCACUGCGCCAACGUCAUUGAAUUCUGCUUCGGCGACGGCGACCAAAAGGCAAGCGAGUACCAAGCCUUGAAGGAAUACGACGACGGAUGGCUGCAUUCUCGGCCCUCGUCCUUCCUGCCCCUAGCCUUCGGCCCAGCAGAUCCGAGUUCCGGGAACAAAUUCCCCCAGAUUGUUUACAUGAAUCACGCCGUGGUUAUCGGCGUCGCCCACGGCAUCCUGGCACGCUCUCUUCUGCUGUGCUACGACCCAACACUCCCCAAACUCGGGCCAGCGCGCAUGAUUGCGCAGCAGCGGCGCGAAGAAGAGGUUCAGGACGAGAUUCGACAGCUCUGCGGGAUUGCGCUGUCGAAUCGGGGCACGAUUCCCGCCAUGUUCACGGCGUCUCUGGGGAUCGCAUCGUGCGGAGAUAGAUUUAGCCGCGACGACGAGCGCACCGCGUUGCUGGACGUUCUCAUCAAAACCGAGACAGAGCACUUCUGGCCGACGGCGGGCGCGCAGAUCAGCUUGAAAAGAGCCUGGGGCUGGGACUAAGACACG